AUGAAGUCUUCACUCUGGAGCCUCUUGUACUGCGCUUCCCUGCUGCUGUCUGAUGUACUGGGCACAUAUCACCUCGGUGCAGGAGAUCCUCAGCUUAUUGCUGCACAAAGCUAUGCUCAAACCAGAAAUAAUGGUCGACCACCACUCAGGACCCUGAAUCCAUCAAAGACAGACUCUCAGUGCAGGAGCCGUCCCCUGGACCUGGUCUUCAUCAUCGACAGCUCUCGCAGCGUUCGUCCAGGUGAGUUUGAGAAGGUUAAGAUCUUCCUGGCUGACAUGGUCGACACUCUGGACGUGGGCUCAGAUGCCACCAGAGUGGCUGUGGUCAACUACGCCAGCACGGUCAAGAUCGAGUUCCUGCUCAAAGACCACUUCAACAAACCCGAUAUGAAGAAAGCCAUCUCCCGCAUCGAGCCCUUGGCGGCUGGCACCAUGACUGGCCUCGCCAUCAAAACCGCAGUAAAUGAAGCCUUCACCGAGCAAUCUGGAGCCCGACCUCGCUCUAGGAAGAUCUCCAAGGUGGCCAUCAUUGUGACAGAUGGGAGACCUCAAGACCAGGUGGAGGAAGUGUCUGCUGCAGCCCGGGCCUCAGGCAUCGAGAUCUACGCUGUCGGGGUUGACCGCGCAGACAUGCGUUCACUGCAGCUGAUGGCCAGCAUCCCUCUGGACGACCACGUCUUCUACGUGGAGACAUACGGCGUUAUUGAGAAGCUCACCUCCAAGUUCAGGGAGACCCUGUGCGGUCUGGACCCCUGUGCCAUGGGACAUGACUGCGAACACAUUUGUGUCAACAGCAAUGCCUCCUACUACUGCAAGUGCCGGAAUGGUUAUAUCUUGAAUGCGGACAAGAAAACAUGUUCCCUGAAACAGGUGAAGGUGGAGGUGGUGGAGGAUCCCUGUAAAUGUGAAGCCAGACUGGCUUUCCAGAAGCAGACGCAGGCAGCCAUCCAGCAGCUCACAGCCAAGCUAGCUGAUGUGUCUGGGAGAAUAGAGCGUCUGGAAAACAUGGUGGGCCGUGCUUAAGGCAGGACACAGUGCAGAGCCAUGGACUACUGCAACACAGACAUCUGCUUCCUGUCGACCAUCACUACUGCUUGGAUUUCAGCCCCCGAUCAAGUGAAGCUGUGAUUCAUAAACCAACGUCCGUCAAUUUACUGACUGGUGUGGACUUUUAAGCAACAAUAUCUACAGUUGAUCUGGGAUUUUUAUG